UCAUGAGUGAGUGCGCAGCGGUGCUGAUGUAGGGAGGGGCGUGACGUCACAGAAGAGACAGGGAGGACAGAGGAGGGGGGUGGAGAAAAAAGCGACGGAGAAGAAAUCAGGGGAUGAGUGAAUCAAAGAAAAACAAAAAGAAAAGAAAAACCACCAUGACUGCUGUGUACCACAGUGACUGCAGUGUUUCUCCAACCACAGUACUGCAGUAGUACACGAGGAGCCGGCCCGGUAAGUGAGCGCUCACAUGAGAGGGAUGUCAUCCCCAGGCAUGGGCACCCCCAGUGACCCCCUCCUGACCAGUCCAGGGGGGAGGUUGUCCACAGCUCAGGAAGGGAUCUGGAGAUGCUCGCUCCCCAAAACCGCCAGCUUCCCAACAUCCACCACUCGCCACCUCAGUCACCGGGCCAACAACUUCCAAAGACAGCCGAAGCGGCGGAAGCUGAUACGUCCCUCUCCUCCCCCACCUCCCAACACACCCUGUCCUCUGGACCAGCUGGACCUCAGUGAACUUCCCCCCAGACGGACCUUCCAGGAGCUGCUCUUCAACGGCUGCAUCCUCUUUGGUAUCGAGUUCAGCUACGCCAUGGAGACGGCGUACGUGACUCCAGUGCUGCUCCAGAUGGGUCUGCCGGAUCAGUUCUACAGUUUGGUCUGGUUCAUCAGCCCCAUACUGGGGUUCCUGGUCCAGCCUCUGAUUGGAGCGUGGAGUGAUCGGUGUACGUCCAGGUUUGGGCGGAGGAGACCGUUCAUAUUCGCCCUGGCCAUAGGCGCUCUGGUCGGUCUCACCCUGGUGUUAAAUGGGAGGGACAUCGGGGGGGCCCUCCACGACACGGCUUCAAAUCACAAAUGGGGGAUCAUCCUGACAGUGUGUGGUGUGGUUUUAAUGGACUUCAGUGCCGACUCAGCUGAUAACCCCAGCCAUGCCUACAUGAUGGACGUGUGCAGCCCAGAGGACCAGGACAGAGGCCUGAAUAUCCACGCCCUGCUGGCAGGACUGGGCGGUGGAUUUGGCUACAUCGUGGGGGGCAUCAACUGGGACCAGACAAAGUUCGGGAGGUCAAUGGGGGGUCAGCUGAGGGUCAUAUACAUGUUUACCAGUGUGACCUUGGUCUUCGCCACAGCCAUGACUCUGGUCAGUAUCCCAGAACGACCCAUACCAAAGAGUCAGACAAACAAGAACGCCAGCAAAAACCAUCUGAAAAGCCCCAGCCUCCCCCUUCCUCUCUCCCCCCCUGUCGCCCCUGGAUCAAACCUGGGGCUGGAUGAAGAAGACGAUGACGGCCUUUACAGCUAUAACUUCUCUAAAUCCCACCCAGCCGACCCUCUGGCCCAUUCCUGCAGCGCCAGUGCGUGCCUGUGUGCCGGCCUCAGCAGCCCCAUCUCCCCCCUGAGCCCUUUGACCCCUAAGUACGGCAGCUUUAUAAGCAGAGACAGCUCCCUGACAGGCAUCAAUGAGUUCGCCUCCUCCUUAGGAACCUCGUACAUAGACAGUGUUCUCAUAGACUGCUACACCGGUCAGCAGAGCCCACAGGCCCCGGUGCCAAACUCCACCACUGGUGCCCUACCACCAGGGGACUCUCCUCUGCCUGAGGGGACGGGGAACCAUCCUGUAGUGGAGGUUCAGGCUGAUGUGGUGGCUCCCCCUGCUGGUGAAGAUGGGGAUGCAGGAGCGUCACAGCCAGAGGGAGAGACACGAACUCACGAAGCCUCUCAGGUCACACCAGGAACUGCAGGAUCACAGCGAGGCUCCGCAGCUGGCAUCCUGAAGAGACCCCAAAGUCUGGCCCUGAUGGAGGAACCCACGGCAGCACAGGUGGUUGGUCUGGAGAACGGACGCAGGAGAACCGUCACCUUCAGCCAGCAGGUCGCAAACAUUCUGCUCAACGGCGUGCGCUACGAGAGCGACCUGAGUGAGAACGUGGAGACGGGAGAAUCCCAGAUGUCCAUGAAGCUUCUGUGUAUCGCCAUCUACAGGAUGCCUCCUUCCCUGCGGAGUUUAUGCACUAAUCAUUUUUUGGGCUGGCUGUCCUUCGAAGGCAUGCUGCUCUUCUACACGGAUUUCAUGGGGGAGGUUGUGUUCAAAGGAGACCCCAAAGCCCCCCAUGACUCUGAGGCCUAUCAGCGUUACAAUGCUGGGGUCAGCAUGGGCUGCUGGGGCAUGUGCAUCUAUGCAUUCAGUGCUGCGUUCUACUCAGCCAUACUGGAGAAGCUGGAGGAGCGCUUCUCUCUCCGCACUCUCUAUUUUUUUGCCUACCUGGCGUUUGGUCUGGGCACAGGUCUGGCCACGCUGUCCACCAACCUCUACGUGGUGCUGUCCCUCUGCGUCACCUACGGGGUGCUGUUCUCCUCUCUGUGCACGCUGCCUUACUCUCUGCUCUGUGAAUACUACCAGAGCCCCCAGUUUUGUGGCUCCUCAGAAGAAGGGACCAGGCGAGGGAUGGGGGUGGACAUCUCUCUGCUCAGCUGCCAGUACUUCCUGGCUCAGAUCCUGGUCUCGGUGGCCAUGGGACCUUUGACCUCACUGGUGGGCGGGGCCCAGGGAGUGAUGUACUUUGCCAGCCUGAUGUCUUUCGUGGGCUGCCUGUACUCCUCUCUCUGCGUGGUCUACCAUCUGCCCCCACCUGAGGGUGAGCCCCCUGAUAGCGAGACCCAGCCACUGUUGGUGCACAUUUAGCAAAGAAAAAGUCUCAUCAUUUCCUUCAUCUCAUAUUUGCUCACAGCAUGCACACACACACACACACACACACACACACACUAAACAGAAAGUGCUGUCACUUAGUGCCUGAGUGUAUUGACACCCCCCCCUCUCCCCCCCCAGCACUGACGGGACAAACGCUCCGACACAUCCUGCCGCACACUGUACUGCACAACCAUAGGUGUCACUGUAGGCUCCUCUCAGAGCCAGGCAGCCAUUGGCCACUGCUCCAAACACAUGACCGGUGUGUGUUCAUACAGUGUGUGUGCUCAUGCAUUACUCUUUGUAUUAAACAGCUUGAAUGUGUGUGUGUGUGUGUGUGUGUGUGUGUCUUUGUUUGUGGCCUCAUCAUGUCUUCCUCAUGUUUGACACAGAGAAGCUCAUCACCACAUCUUCAGUUGUAACGUUGUGCAUGAGCUGUCGUGUGGUUGGUCCACCACCGUGUCGUCGUUGUUGUUUCUUUGGUCAAACGGCGAGGAUUCCUGUCGACCUGCCUGUUUCUCUGAGAUCUGUAAACGGUUCUUAGUUCAUUUGAGUCCAGACACCAAACACCAAGCUGACCAGUACCAGUGCAGAUUUCCUUUAGCGCUUUAAGGUCUUCACACUGUUUCAUUGCAAUUGAGAACAGACACAUUUGUCCAACAUCCAGUGGUGGUGGAAGCUAACGCAGCUCCUCCAGUGGAGGUGGAAGCUAACGCAGCUCCUCCAGUGGUGGUGGAAGCUAACGCAGCUCCUCAUUCACAGACAGUCAAGACGACACACAUAGACACAUCUUUACAAAACCUUCCAAAUCACAGAGAAAUGUGUACUGGUGGCAAAAUCUGUCUGGAGCCUCACUAAGCCAUGGGCAGCUCAGCGAGCGCCCGCUCUCCUGCGGCCGUGCCAUUGUUAUAAUGACAGUCAUUCUUGUCAUUAUCAGGAAGAGGAGAAGUUGAAACUGGGGUGUGAAUCAGCAAAUGGAACAAAACAGAAGAACAGGAAACUGAGAGAAGAUUCAUGUGAACUGUGGGUAACCCCCCCCCCACGCCCCCCCGGCUGGACCACAGGGGAGGAAGAGCCGGAGGGGGGGGUUAGUAGAACCAGCACCAAAUACUGAGGUCGUCAGGGCGCCUGUCUAAGGCGGUCUCUGUCAAUGCUGACAUCACGUGACCAGAUGAACUCCUUUACCGCUUUGACCUUUUUAUUGUGACGUUGGCGGUCUCGUCAUGGAGUGCUCCACCUCCACGGUGCUGGACUUACCUGCUGACUCAGCAGGAUAACUGGACUGACGUGCUAAUGUUUCUGAGGAAACUGCUAAUUCUAUUAACCAUGCUGUUGCAGCUUGCUUGCAAAAAAAACCAAAAAAAACAAGAAUAUAUAAUCCCACCUUCUGCUCAGUAUUAGCAGUGGUACUGUUAAAGCUUUUAUUCAGGGUUCAUUCAAAAACUAAAGUCAUUUUUUUUGCCACUUUAGACUCUGUUUUCAUUGCUACUUGCAGUAUUUGACACUACAGUCAUUAUACCACACGGGGGAGCUGUAGGACACAGGAUCGCUUCCCAUUAAUCUUGUCUUACUCUUUUCCAUUACCAAGUGAGACUAUUCCUGUAGCUUUCCAUGUUAUGAAAAAUGAGGUCAGAUGACGUCAUCCACCCACAACCGCGGUCUGAAAUGGCACCGCGAUGUCAGUAACGGAGCACACACUCAGUCAACUUAAGUAAAAAGACAAUUUAUUUGUUUAUCAGAAUAUACAAAGCAGUGGCUGGAGUAACCGGAUGUCAUUCUGGUUCUGAAGAGGGGGUCUUGGACACAAAAACCGGGCCACUCCGCCAUAACAGAACUCAUCGUAAACAUAAAAAAAAAAAAACUAAA